GACUGUCUCCUGGCCGUUGGUCCCUUCGGCUCUUAAAGGGCCGGUUCCGAUGUCAGCCUGCCUCAGGAAGCCGCGGCGGGUAGCGAAGAUGGGGCCGGGCCCUGGGCCCUUUUUCGGCGUCUACUUGCUCUACUGCCUCAACCCCAAGCAUCGGGGCCGCGUCUACGUGGGCUUCACGGUCAACCCCCGGCGGCGGGCCCAGCAGCACAAUGCCGGCCGCAAGAAGGGCGGGGCCUGGAGGACCAGCGGCCGGGGACCUUGGGAAAUGGUGCUCAUUGUCCACGGCUUUCCUUCUGGUGUGGCCGCCCUGCGGUUCGAGUGGGCCUGGCAGCACCCUGGGGCCUCGCGCCGCCUGGGCCACGUGGCCGGGCGGGGCCGGAGGGAAGCGGCCUUCGCUUUUCACCUCAGGGUCUUGGCCCAGAUGCUGCAGGUGGCCCCCUGGACCCGGCUGCCCCUCACCCUCCGCUGGCUUCGCCAGGACUUCCAGCAGGACCUCGCCCCCCCUCCGCCCCCUCACAUGCCCCUGGCCUUCGGACCCCUGCAGCCGGGCCCCGCCGCGAUGCCAAAGGGCACGGCCGUCGGGGCCGGCUGCUCCCUCUGCCAGCAGCCCGUCGAGGACGAGGAUGGACCCCUCCGCUGCCCUCAUUCCGGCUGUCCCUUCGGGGCUCACCUGCUCUGCCUGGCACAGGAUUUCCUUCGCGGGCAGCCGCAGCAACUUCUACCCCUGGAGGGAUGCUGCCCGGGCUGUAAGAACCAACUGCUCUGGGGAGACCUGAUCCAGUUGCAUCGGGCGGGCCGGAGAAGCCCCGAGGAGGAGGAGGAGGAGGAAGAGGAAGAGGAGAUGAAUCCUGUGGAGGGACACUGGACGGAUGGGCUGAAGACUUGAACCGUCAACAUCUUUUCACCAGACCGUCGUCCGGCCCCACCUCCUUCCUCCAUUUCCCCCCAUUUCCCCUGUCCUCCCCCUCAUUUUAAGCCUGGGAAAAUUUUUUUAAUCAUUUACAGGGGGUAUCUCCGUGACCUCAAUAAAGAGCUGGAACAAAG